GCGUGUGUGGAACUGAGCGUCUAACACUCAGAGUGAGUCACCUGAGAGACUGAAGAGGGCGAGCUGAGUGGGCCCGGUGGACACGGUGGACAUUUUACUGCAGGUAUCAGUUCCUGUUUCCUUACAAACUAGCCGAUCAAAGUCCAACAGCGUGACCGGAGACGAUCUGGGGUCAAACGGUUUUUCCCUCUCCAUGCCUCAUAAGUACUUCGGAUCAUUUCUUUCUCAAUGAAUCACAAAAAUCAGCCCGCAGCAUGAAAAGCUGGAGCAGGAACUUCAAGAGACAAGAGCCUGAAAGUGUGAUCGGGUCCUCCUCGAGCAAGAGGAACUCCAUUAGUGAACCACCAGUGCCUGUGUGGGUUACUCACACACCCACACCAGAUAAUAUCACAGAUGAUGGUGAUACUACCUCCACGGGGCGCACAUCCAGCACUCCACCGUACGCAGAGAAGGAGGACAAAUCAGGGAGCAUGAAGGACAGACUGAAAUCCCUCAUCCCUCCGUCGUGGGGGGGGCUGAUCCAUAAAUGGACAAAGGAAAGUGACAGUCUUAAUGGCUCUGAAGCCAGCACCAGCAGGAUCCAGAUCCUUCCUAAUGGGACCAGGGUGAGCCCUCCUGUGAGUCCCCUGCUGGAGCGCAAGAACUGGGGCGAUUCACUUGGCAACUCCAGCCACAACUCCCAUAAGCCUUUGUUAAGGGAGAGUCCCUGUGAAGACCUGUUCCACGAGGGCCCACGAGAGGAGUCUCUUCUCACGAGUAUCCACCCUGCAGAGUACUACGCUGAGAAACUGGAGGUCUACAACCAGAAGUACUCUUAUUUGAAGUCCUGGCCAGGGUUGCUCAGACUUCUUGCUGGACUUCAGCUCCUGUUUGGGGGCAUGGUCAUAGCCUGCGUCAUCGCCUACAUCCAGAAAGACAGCGAGUGGUCCAACAGCUACGGACUCUAUAACGGUGUUUACAACAAUGGGCAGGGCCUGUCUGGGUACAGCUACCGAGGCCCUAUGACUCCCUUCAUCCUGGCAGUGGCUGGAGUCUGCUGGAUUGUGACUCUGGCUCUCUUGGUGAUGGGAAUGACGAUGUAUUACCGCACCAUCCUCCUCGACGCCCCCUGGUGGCCUCUGACGGAGGCCUUCAUCAAUGUGGCACUGUUCCUGCUCUACAUGGCGGCAGGGAUCGUCUACCUGAACGACUUGAACCGCGGGGGGCUGUGCUACAUGACGAUCGGCAUUAACCCCAUCAUGGCCAAUCUGUGUCGGGUGGACGGGGGCCAGAUGGCGGGAACGGCAUUCAUCUUCAUCAACAUGGUCAUGUAUCUGGGAAGCUUCGUGGUGUGUCUGAAGAUGUGGAGGCAUGAGGCCGCACGCAGGGAGAGGGAGCACUUUGAGAAAAACACACAGCCCCGGGAGGACUUCCACCAGUCCAUCCCACUAACCACUCAAAAACCAAAGCGCAUAUCAUUCAAGGAUGAAACGGAUACGUCUAUGAGUAAAGAUUAUAUGAAUCAAAAUGAAGUCCGUAAGAAGCCAGCCGGUCUGAUCGGAACCACGGCGUCUGAAUCCUCCCCCAGAGUACACGUCAUCGCAGACUACAUCAUAAAGUAUCCAGAGAUCAGCUGUGUGGAAGAAAGGGAAAAAUACAAGGCAGUUUUCAACGACCAGUAUCAGGAAUACAAAGACCUUCACAGAGACAUCAGCACCACCCUCGAUAAGUUCAGAGAGCUGGACGCCAUGAUGGCACGACUUGUCAGAGAGGGGAAAGCCCAAGAGGAUCGGCAGAGGAUUCAAGUCGUUUUGAAGAAGUAUCAGGAGAAAAAGAAUGACCCAGGCUUCAGAGAGAAAAAGGAGCGCUAUGAAUACUUGAAAGCCAAACUGAGUCACAUCAAAAGCAGAAUCCGUACAUUUGACCAGGAAGUCAUGGAAGAUGGUCAGACCAUGUAUGAGCCUCGGUACUACGACAGCCCCCCCGUGUACAGCCCGCCUUACAGUACCACCUCCCACAGCUUCUACCCCCCGAGGAGGAGCGUCCACUCCCCGCAGAGCCAGUAUGUGCCCUACGCCUACAAUGCCCCCCCAGACUUCCACUACAGUGAGGAGAAGCCUCAACACUUCUACCGCUGGUUUUCUCCUCCUGGUUUUGUGAAAACCUUCCAAGGAGCCACCGCGCUAAUGUGCUUCCUCAUCUUCGCCUGCGUGGCGUCCACCUUGGUGUGGGACAUGAAUGGAUUCGGGUACGGGGGCUACGGUGUCGGGGCUGCGGGGGGUGUCACAGGGAUGGACGGCUACGGAUACGGUGGCUCCUACAUGACGCCGCAGUCUGCCAAGGCGGCGAUGAUUUCAAUGGCGGCAAUUAACUUCUUGGUUUCACUGGGCUUCCUGGUGGGGAGUUUCUCACGGUCGCGGAUCAUGAGGGGAUGCAGGUUCUACCUCACUGUGUUUAUCUGUGACCUCAUCUUAGCUGUCCUUCAGGGCAUCAUCGACAUCAUCUUUGUGAUCGGGGUGAACCCGAUGUCUCAGAGCUCUCAGAGCAUGCUCUACAACCCCAUGCUGAUGAUGUGCCAGAACAUCCAGGGCAGCCCCAGCUUCAGCGGCAGCGCGGGGGCCGGUUUUCCAGGGGGGUUCCCGAUGUACAACCAAUACCUGCACCACUACUGCUACAUGGACCCAGAGGAGGCGGUGGCCUUAGUGUUGGGUCUGAUGGUGGUCCUGGCUCUGUCCCUGUCUGCUUACUACGCCUACAAGACCCGCAGUAAGAUCUGGCGCCAUGGCAAAGCUAACAUCUACUGGGACGAGCCGCUGAUCAGGUCGUCAGAGGGCCAGGAUGUACAGGACUGGGUGAACCAUGUGGGAGAUGUACGCAGCACCCAGCAGGCACCGACUGUUGUUGUAUCUGAGAGAGCCGCACCUGACCUGAGGGCGGAGAACAGCGUGGUUUCCUACGGCAACGGAACAGUCAGCAUCCACAGUGGGGGAAAUUAUAAAAGCAACAGUUUCUCUGCGGACAACAGUAACCGUCGGGGGGUGGAGCCUUUGUAUCAGAACAGCAGGGCCAAAGUUUGCUCCAGCAGCUCAUCAGACGAGACUGAAAGCCUGAGGAAACCUCCUCCUUAUAAUGUGGAGAAGGGACCGAGGAAGGAGCCAGGGCCACAGCCUUCUGCUCCGGAGAUGAUGGAGUCCCCUUAUGAAACUGGUUACACCACCGGAGACACUGGCAAUGAGCUGGACCGGGACCAGGACUACCUUUACAGGCUGUACCCAGAGAUUAUUUCAGACGAGCAGCGCCGACAGUACAAGAAGGAGUUUGACUCUGAUCUGGCACGCUAUAAGAGCCUCUGUGCGGAAAUGGAUGACAUCAGUGACCAGAUGCACAAGCUGAGCCGAGAACUGGACAUGCUGGACGAGGACUCCAUGAAGUACCAGGGUGUGGCUGACGAGUAUAACCGACUCAAAGACCUGAAAAGGACGUCAGACUAUCAAGCAAAGAAGAAGCAGUGCAAAGAACUUCGGCUAAAACUUUUCCACAUCAAGCGUCUGGUGAAAAUCUUUGACCAAGGUCUUUGUUAAUAUUUCUCAAUAUUCUGUCGGAACAGCUAAAGGAUAAACACUGACAGGGUGCGACCUGGCAAAAGACACGAGGACUUUUUGUGUCUGUGUUUCGUUUUCUCCCCAGCAGUGGUGGAAGAAGUAUUUAGCUCUCUUACUUAAGUAAAAGUAUUAAUACCACACUGUGAAAUUACUCAACUACGAAUAAAAGUCCUUCAUUCAAAACUUACAAAAUGUACCUAAAGUAUCAAAAGUAAAAGUGUUUUAUAUAUUACAAAUAUGUUAUUACAUUAUUUGUAUUGAUGCUUUUAUGUAAGCAGUGUUUUAAUUUUGUAAAGACAGGGCUCAUUUAAUUACUUAAUAUACUGUUAUAAGAUUCAUUUAAAAAAAAAAAAAAAAAAAGUAUUUAAAGUCACUUUAAAUUGACCAUGUUUUUUUUAUGUUAAAUCUCGACCUGUAAAGUAACUAAAGCUGUCAGCUAAAUGUAGUGGUGAAAAAAGUACAGUAUCAAAAUGUAAUGAAGUAGAAGUAAAAAGAUACAUAAAAUGGAAAUACUCAAGUAAAGUACAAGUACCUCAAAAUUGUACUUAAGUACAGUAGUUGAGUAAAUGUAUGCUCCCCAAUUUUACUGCUUUGCUGUUGGAAUUGUAACAGUUCAGCUCAACGUGGCCGUCGUACUGGCCUUACAGUCACUGAACCUCAGCUGUUUUUGACCCUAAUGUUUACAACUUCUGUAUUAGCUUUACAGCUGUCAGAGUGGAUUACUGCUGUACUGGUAGACUUUUUUCUGCGUGGUUGUAACAACAUGGCGCUGUUAACAUUUGAAUUUGUUGUAAUUUGAAUUUACUGUUUAAUUGACAGUGUUGAAGUAUGAGAAGAAAAAUGUCAGUUUUUAUACAGAAGCGACGUCAUGACAGAAGAUAUAGCAACAGAAAAGGAGAAAUAUAUAUGUUUAAAUAAAUCAUGUGUUACAAACAAAAUUCAGUUUUUGGCAAAUUAAUUGAGUUUCAUCAAUACACUCUUGGUACAUGUUGCAGUGUUUAUUUGGCAU